AUGGCAUCUGUACUGGGCAGUUACAUACACUUCCCUGAGCUAACCAACACACAGCAGGUGGCCGAGGAAUUUGAGGCCACUGGGGGAUUGUGUGAUGUGAUUGGUUGCAUUGACGGGACACUCAUUCGCAUUGUUAGCUCAGAGGGAGACAAUGCCGAGAGUUACUGCUGUCCUACACAACAUUGCAGUGAACAGUGGCCUUCCUGCUCCCCCUCAUGUGCCACAGCCUCCAGCAGAACCAGCGGGGAGGAUAGUACGCAGGACGGGCAUGAGAGCAGUAAUUCAAACUUGGGAGAAGACAGGGCAAACACACACAAACACCAAACAAACACCACAAAAACACAAAAAAACACCAAAAACACCCUGGAACCACAAACACACCCUGAAAACACCCUGGAACUUCAAAGAGACCCUAAAAACACCUCUAUAACUAACCCAAACACCCAAAACACCCCAAAUACACCCUCGUUUGGACUAGAAAACACCCAAAACACCAUAGAACCACAAACGCAACACCAAAACACCACCACACCCCAAACAAACACAACCACCGAGACACAGGCCCUGGAAACAAACGCAGGUGGCCAAAUAUCCAAACGGCAGAUGAAAAGAGCACUCAAACACGCACGAUGGCUUGAGGGAAAGGCGGAGAGGAGGCGGCGACAGAGAGAGAAAGAGAAAAAGAAACGUUCGAUGGGGCUAACCACCUCUGGACCGUCUAGAAAAGCACUAAAACGUGUCAAAAUGGCGGACAGUGUUUGCAAGCUGCGUGUGGCGAUAGACAUGUCGUUAGAGGGCUUAAUGGACGACCGGCGCUUGGGACAGUGUGUUCGGCAAAUCGGAAGGUGCUACAGUGCAAACAGGCGCGCUUUGAUGCCCUUACAGCUGUACGUGACGUCAUUUGAAGGCCGGCCGAGGUCACAGAUGUCACUGCAGGUCGGCUAUCAAAACUGGGACGUCAAUUUCCAAUCCCAGCAUUACCUUGACAUAUUUCCCAAAAACGACAUCAUUUAUCUCACCUCGGAAAGCGCAAACACGAUCACAACUCUCGACGAAAGUAAAAUCUACAUUAUCGGAGGCCUAGUGGAUUACAAUAGGCUCAAAGGGCACUGCUUAGGCCUAGCUGAGAGGGAGGGAAUAGCCACAGCACGCCUUCCAUUAAGCAAAUACCUGGAUAUGAAAAGCAGAAAGGUGUUGACAAUUGAUCAAGUGUUCCAGGUGUUGGUGGGGGUGGCCGGGGGUGGGGCGUGGAAGGAGGUGUUGCUCUCCACUCUUCCGCUCAGAAAAGGGGCGCGUGGCAAGGAGGAGGAGGAGGAGGAGGAGGAGGAGGAGGAGGAG